AGUGACGCGCUUAAUUUGGACCUUCAUCCCGUUCCUAUAUAUAACUACCUUCCCUGACACUCAAAGCUAUCUUGGAAUUCAAAGGAAUUUUCCAUGGCUUCUCACAAAACCCUUACUCUUGUUUUCUUUGUAUUAUUGGGCUUCGGUAUUUGUUCAGCAACUAGAGCCCUCCUCACUCAAGUUGGCUAUGACAAUGUUGUGCAAGCUGCUAUAGGAGAACAUGGGGUAACUAGCUACGGAGGUGGUUCUGGUAGUGGAGAAGGUGGUGGUGCAGGAUAUGGAGCUGUGGUUGGACAUGGCGGUGGAGGUGGUGGUGGUAGUGGUGGUGGAGGUGGAGCUGCUUAUGGUUCUGGAGGUGCUGGAUAUGGAAGUGGUGGUGGGCAAGGAGGUGGUGCUGGAUAUGGUGCCAAUGGACAAAAUGGAGUUGGAUACGGUGGCGGGGGUGGUGGGGGAAGUGGAGGUGGAGGUGGAUACGGUGCAGGAGGAGAACAUGGUGCUGGUUAUGGAAAUGGUGCUGGUAGCGGCUAUGGAGCAGGGGGAGGGAAUGGUGCUGGCUUAGGUGGAGGAGGUGGUGGGGGAAGUGGUGGUGGUGGUGGUGGUGGAGCAGGCUAUGGUGCCGGAGGAGCGCAUGGAGGUGGGUAUGGCAGUGGGUCUGGAGCCGGUGGAGGUUUUGGUACUGGUGGUGGAGCUGGGGGUGGUCAUGGUGGUGGCGGUGGAGGUGGUUCUGGUGGUGGCGGCGGCAGUGCUAGUGGAGGUGGUUAUGGAGCAGGUAGUGGGAGUGGAGAGGGUGGUGGACAUGGCGGCUAUGUCCCUUGAAACUACGUACCUUCUCCCUUUUAUCAUUUCUAAGAAGAGUGCAUGCAUGCGUGAAUCUUGUUACCUUAGUUUAAACUAAAAAAGAAAUAAAUAAGAUUAGCAUAAGUGUGGAGAUGCUUAUUAAUAUGAUUUCAAAGUAUUGUACUAUGAUUAAUGCCAGAUAAAUGGUGAAGAUAUUCUAAGGUGUAUAAUGUAAUUGUAAUAUUUGAAUGCGAUGCAUUAAUCUUUUGUUCUUACGAAUUA